AUGACUUCAAUCAAACACCAAGUGAUUCUUCUGAACGGUGAGAUGGCGUCAGGCAAAAGCACUACCUUGCAGUUCCUUGUCAGAGAAUUGCAACCACAUUCAAGCAGUGGUGAUGCCAUGAAAACUAAAACGAUCAUUGAUGUGGUCGGAUUCAUUCAACCUGCUGUUUUUGCUUGGGACAAGAAGGAAACAGCAACCACUGGUUCCGAUCAAAGUACUACUCCAACGUCGUCUCUUGUGAUGAAUGAAACUCAUAGAAAAGCCAUUGAAAUUCAUUUCAUUAAUUCAACCACUAGUGAAGGCUCACAAAUAUUCACAUUGGCCACACUCAAUCCAGAAUUCAACUCUCUUGAUCAACAACCUUCAUCGAGCAUGAUUAAAGUGAUGGAAGAAAAUAUUAAAUCCAAACGUCCCCAGCAACCAAGAUGGUUGUUUAAAAAUGAGGUAUUUGAAAAGAUAAAAACUCUAAUGUUGUCGAGUAUGGAACAUUUGACAAAUCAAAAUGAUGAGAGAAAGAUCGUGGUCAUUAUUGACGAAUUGGGAUGGCUAGAAAUGGAAGGAAAAGGACAUUGGCCAACUGUGGAGUCUAUCCUCUCUCAAUUUGGAAAAUUAAAGGAUAUUAUUUGGAUCUUUACAGUGAGAAGCACUUUGCGAGAUGACCACACCCUACGCAUGAAGGAAACAUUCCGUCAAUGUGCCAACAUUUCCGAUAAUGAGCUGGACUUGCACAUCUUGGAAUUGAAAAAAUCAAAUCCAACUCAAGAAAAGGCAGAUAAUUUCGAUCAAGUGUUAGAGCAAAUAUUGGAAUGCAUCAAGAGAGAGUAA